UGGGCGGGCUGGUUAUAUAGACGAGGGACGGGCGCGGCGGCUGCCUCGAGAUCACACACGCAAAAGGCGGCCGCGCUAAACCGGGUUGGGAGGGGACAUGGAAGCAAAAAGCGACUGAGUUGCCGCCCUCACAAUUUGCGACCAAAAUCAAAAGACCUGGAAAGCAGCACUUCGAAUUGCGCCCUGACCUGGCAGGCGCGCCCGCCUCCUAGUUGCGACUGCUGGCUGGGGGCGCGGGGUCCGUGCGCCAACUUCAUUCUCAACGCGUCCACCUUACUCCUCCAACACCCCGCUGCUGCAUCGCGUCUGCGCCCCGCCAGAGACUACUGCAGUGCCUGA